UUCGGCAAAUCAUAGCCAAGCUCUUUUUAAUUAGUGGCUUUAAAAAGCCAAUAAAUUCUCUUAAUAAUUUAUUAGUAUAAAAAAUAAAAGCAAUAGCAAACAAACCUUAUUAAAAAGAAAAUCAAAAAUAUAUUUUAAUAAAGAGUUAAGUAUAAAUAGAUAGAAAAUAAAGUCUUUCUCAAUAAGCUAGUUAUUUUAUUGUAGUCUACAAAUUUUUCACUAAAUCUGAUAUCCAAUUUUACAAAAGCGCAACAACAACAACAAAAUUAAAUGAAUACAACUCAAGAUACAUCUCCUAUGAGAAAUCGUUCUUAUUCGCCAGUUAUUUCUCCUUAAAAAAACUCGAUUUAAAUGCAAUCUUAUUCCAAGCCAGUCAGUGUGUUCCCAAACAACUCUUAUAUUCAGAUCACACCUCCAAGGACUACAAAUGUUCAUAUAGCUACUCCUUCAACAGCUCAGACUCUCUAUAGCAUUAAUGGAUCCGCUCCCACUCGCUUUAAUUAGGCUUUAGAUCAAGUUUGUCUCCUUGGCCAUGAAAUGGAUGUAAUGAGGAAAAACUUUGAGCUAGUUUAGGUAGAACUUUAGUAAUGGAAAGAAAAAUGCUCUCUAAUUAAAGCCAUCGCCUCAACUCCUCCCCCAGGAACAAACUACUCACCAACAAGAGUUUCUAAGCUUAGAAGUGACGUGUAAAACCAAUUCAAUAAUUACCAAGUCGAAAUAAAUAAGCUAAAUAGCAUUAUUUCUAAUGUUAAUAAUGAGCUUAUGAUCUCUGCAGAAAAAAUUAAGGCCUUAGAAAGAAGAGUUGGAGAAAUGAAUAAGAUAGAGCUAGAAAUGCUUAAUGCAAAAAAGCAAGCUCUUGAGCUUGAUAAUCGCAAUAGAUACCAAGCUAUGGAAUUGAGUGACCUUAAAAGUAAAAUAGACUCAAAGAGUCAAUAAAACGACGAUCUAGUUAAGUAGUUAAUGAUCAUUCCUUAACUCAAAGAUUAAGUUAGUAUCCUUGAGUUAGAAAACAAGAAAUUGAUUUCUAUAAUUCAAUAAAAAGAUGACUAAUAAAACAGAAGUGAUUAAAAGCAUAUGUAGUUAACCAAAAUGUAUCAAGAAAAUUUAGAGAAGAGCAACGAAAUAGUUAAUCAGCUUAGAGACCUUCAAAAUGAGAACGAAGAUUUAUAAAAUGAACUUGAAAAAGUUAAUAGCAUAGCAGAUUCAAUUAGCAACUCAAAUAUUCGUAACUCUAAUUACUUGUAGAAAUCUAGAGGAAGAAUGAGUGGGGAAAUGAGCUUUAAUGGUGAGGAGUUGAAGAAUUCUUAAAACUUGAAAAGAUCUAAUGGAGCUUUAAACCAAAGCAAAACCUAACAAGCCAAAAUGAAACUUAGCUCAAUUUAAUCUGCAAUUAUUGACUAACAAACUGUAAUUGACUAACUACAAGGCUCAGUGAGAGACAAAGACACAAAAGUUAAUAUUUUAUCUAAAGAAAAGGAAAAUCUAUUAUCUCAAAUUUAAGAUUAAAUGAGUGAAAUACAAUAGCUUAGAAGCGAAAUCAACUAGCAAAGAGAAGACCACGAUGAAAAAAUUAAAAAAUCCAGAAGAGAUUUUAAUGAUUAAUUUACAAAUGCUAUAACUCCCCUCUAAAAAGAAAAUGAGUAAAUGCACAGCGAAAUCGAAAGAUUAUAAUAAGAAAUUUAGCACAAUCAGCAACUAAUUCAAGAAUUAGAACAAGAUAGAGAUUCUAUUUAAAACCAAAUUAAUCUUGAGAGACAAUAAAACUUAAACACUUAAUAGAAGAUUAUCAAAGACAAUGAAAUCAAAUGUGAAGCAUUAACUGAAAGAAUAAUUAAAAAAGAGAAUGAAUUAAAUGAUGAAUUGAUUAAAAACAAAGAACUUUUUGAAGAUAACAAGCUAAUGGCUGAAGAAAUGCGUAUCUUAAAGUAAAAGGCUAAUGAAUUAGAAGUGUGGAAGAAUAAAUAUAGAGAACUAAAGAAGGAAACUAAAGCUCUUCGUUAAUAAUUUGAUGAAUAUAAGUAGAGCUUUAUUAGAGAAAUAUAAAAUAGAUUUUCUAACGAUUGUGAGUAAUUUGAGUAGUGCCUUUAAAUGAUAGACGAAAGAUUUGAUUCAACUAGACACAGUAAUAACGCCUUUGUCAAUAGCAGUAAUUCAAACGAAGUUGAAAAUCACUUACCAUAUUUCUAAUCCCCAUACAAAAACAUGAAAGACUCUGAAGUUUAAGGAAGAUCUUCAAGCCCUACUUAAGAAAAGCUUAAAGCCAUGAAACAAACUCCUUCUAAAUCAUCAGCUGUUUCUACUAAAUAACAAAAUAACAAUAACAAUGGAUCUUCAAUGAAUUAUAAUCCUCUGAAUUAAAGCAACAUCUCUCCAGCAAUAUAAGAUAAGUUCUAAAACCCCUCUUAACAAAAUAAUAACAUCAGUACAUUUACAAACAAUAAUAGCAGUCACUAUAGAAACUAAAGCUAAUCUGAUAAAUAUGAUUUACUAUCAAGCUAAGCUUUCAAAUAUUAAAAUGAAAUUUUAUAAACUAACCAAGAAUUAGAUUGCAAGCUUGAAGAGCUUGUUAUUCUCAAAGCUAAAUAUGAAGAAGCCCUUAAUAGAGUACAAUCCAAUAUGGGGUCAAACAAAAAAUGA